AUGCUCGGCAGACACGACAGUGAGCGUGACGAUGAGAUUCGUCGACAAGAAGAGGAGAGGGAGGAGGAGCGUUGGAUAGAACGGGAAGAGGCCAGGGAUUGGGCCGAGAGAAUUCGCGAGGAUAUGGAUAGAGCUCGGGAGAGAGACAGUGAACAAGAGCGGGAGCGCGAAAGAGAACGUGAGAGAGAACGUGAGCGCCACCGCUAG